CAUCGUGAUGACCACCUGCUCCACCUUCUUUGCCCUGGGCAUGAUGCCUCUCCUCUUAUACGUCUACUCCAGGGGGAUCUAUGAGGGGGACCUGAAGGACAAGGUGCCCUAUGGAGGCAUCGUGAUAUCCCUGAUCCUGGUUCUCAUUCCUUGCACCAUAGGGAUCAUCCUCAAAUCCAAACGGCCACAAUAUGUACCCUACGUCAUCAAGGGAGGGACAAUCACCGUCGCCUUGUCUUCUGUGGCCAUCACAGUCCUCUCCGCCAUCAAUGUGGGCAAAAGCAUCAUGUUUGUCAUGACACCGCACUUGCUGGCCACCUCCUCGCUGAUGCCUUUUAUCGGCUUCCUGCUGGGCUACAUUCUCUCCUUUCUCUUUCGCCUUAACGGACGGUGCAGACGCACUGUCAGCAUGGAGACUGGAUGCCAAAAUGUUCAACUCUGUUCCACCAUCCUCAACGUGACCUUUCCCCCUGAAGUCAUUGGACCACUUUUCUUCUUUCCUCUUCUCUAUAUGAUCUUCCAGCUUGUAGAAGGGCUCCUCAUCAUCGCCAUCUUUCGGUGCUAUGAGAAAAUCAAGCUCCAAAAGGGUGAAUAUUCAAUCAUCCCCCCUUUGAGUUAUGCUCCUACAUUGGACCUGAGCCUACCCACAAACAAGUAUGUAGCAGGAUAUUUUUGGAUGGGGCUUUAA